ACAGCCCGAGGGUCAAAACGUGUCUUAAAGCAUUUUGCAACUAAGCACUUUUUAGUGACAUAGCUGUUUGACAACGAAUCUUUUUGGACUUGAAACGCUUGGCGAURAACGACGGCCUAAAAUAGUGGAAUCAAUAGAAACUGUGACUGUAUGGAGAGGAUAUUGGCAAAAAUGAAGCUGSUUCUUUUUCUUCUUCAAGUUCUAAUUUUCGAUGGAAUUUGCGAGUCAAAGGCUAUUCUUACAAUUCACAAGUCAUGUGGUCGAGAUAGUUACACAAUAUUGCAGAGAAAUGGCACCAUCAUAUGUCAACAAUGCGUUUAUUGUCCACCAGGCCUCGGAACCUCCAUUCAAUGCGGUUCAUUAAUAAAGAACAGUGAAAGAAAGUUCGAAUGCAUAGCCUGCUCAAAAGGGACCUACUCUGAUUCCUWUUCACGAUCUUCCUGUAMACGUUGCAAACRAUGCGAACGAGGAUUAGUAGUAAGUCGUAAAUGUUCACCGACAACAGAUACCCAGUGCAUACCAAGAAUGUCUCACUGCAAAAAAGGUUUUUACUUCUCAGAAAUCGUCUUAGAAUGCCUCCCAUGUUCUAGUUGCUGUAAUUCCACAUACGAGGCUAUCGAAAAGAAUAGACAUUCCUGAUAGGUGUAAAAGUGACCAAUCAGAUGAGCUAGAAGAUUGGUCGAACAAUGACGUCGAGAGUAAUAAUUAUUCAUUCAAAUGCGGUGCUGUCAUCAAAUACGAUCCAGACUGCAAACAAGAUCGAUACAAGAACCUGAUAGUCGAACCUUUGAGCGACAAACAUUUGGAUAGUAAUUUUAAAAGCAUCAAGCAAGGGCAAUUAUUUCUAAGUCCAAUAUAUAGGUUUUAUUCUAAAGGAGAGAAAUUCGAAAAACCAGUGAGGAUAAGUCUGCCUCACAGCGCUCUCUGGAAUUCCGAACACAAAAACUGGGACAUUGAUGUCCUCUGCAUGGAUGAAAGAAAGAGGAUAAAAGAAGCAAAAUGGGAAAGAAUAACCGAUGGUUUAGAAUUGAAUUGGAAAGAUGUAAGCUUUCAUACUGAUACACUGCUUACCUAUGCUGUUGUUGGAAAGCCACUGAAAGGAGCGAAAAAGAGAAUGCAGUUCGUGUUGUUUACCACGAGUGAGAUGAUAAGUGACCUGUUUGAAGUGUGUAUCCAUCUUCUUGAUGAUGACGAAACUUCAUUUCAGAACGUUUUGAAAGAAAAUUCCCUAAAGGGCUUUACCAUGCUUGGUUCUUUCUACGCUGCAUUUGUUGACUGUCACAGUUCAGUUGACAUCAACCUAAAUGUCGAGGGUUUGUUGGAUGGCUGGGAACUGGAUCGCCUAAGCCCAAAGGCCAUYUCCAGYUCKRUUUGCAAGGAGUCRUACUUCUSCAUACCAAGCUUUCAAGCCGYGUUUCGUCGCGUUAAAAGACGUGCUGAGAAAUUCAGCUGUAAAUUCAAAAUCAACGUUGCAGAAAGUGAAAUCAUCAUACCAGCGUUCACUUUUGUGCCAGAGGAAGAUUUGUGCGUCGUUGUUGAUGUUCAUGAGCAAGAUCAAGAUACUUCUUUCUUAAAAGAGAAGAAAACUCUCUUCAAAGACCUUCAUUACGAUACGAAGUAUGUAGCGGGUCGUAUGCUGGAUGUGUCUGUCAAGGGACAAGGCACAUGGCGUCAACUGGGACGUCACAUCGGCCUGACUGANGACGUAAUAGAGCAGUUCUCUGUGGAGUACAGAACCCUCGAAGGCAGUCCAAGUCGAGCUUUGUUUGAAUAUCUAUCCAGCACUCAUCCCAGUAUUACUGUCGGGGAGUUUGCAAAGUGUCUGGAGAGCCUGGGACGGGAGGAUGUGAUGGUGUUACUGUAUAAGCAUCUUAAGACUAAGAAACCACUGAACACUGAAAUUUAAUUUAUGAAAAUAAACGGAGGCAUUUUAAAAUUAAUUUUAGGCAAAGACACUCAUUAAGGGUCAUUUAUAGAAUAUCUUUAUUUCGAGAUAGAUUGAUAGAUAAACUUUAUUUUAACAGGCCUAGGGUAAUUUUCAGCAACUGCGAGGCUGGUAUCCAGAGGGGCCUGCUUAAGGUGCGUUACCUGAAGACGAUGUCAAACUUUAAAGAUUUUAUUGUGYAGUGAUUCCUUCUUUUUAGGAGAUGAUAAAUUGUUGUAUCAUUUAGAUCAGAAUCGAAGACGUAAAUGCAAAGGCCAUCAAGAAAUUUGGAAUUUUGAAAUUUUCGCUAAUGCUCAUGACCAUAUGGUAGGGGGACAUUUUGGAGUACAUAAGACAUUUGACAGAAUAUCUCAAAAAUAUUGGUGGGAAGGUAUGUUUAAAGAUGUUGAACAUUGGUGCAAAUCAUGCACUGAUCGAUUCAGUGCUCGAUGAGGAAACCGCCCAGAAAUAAGUAACGAGCUUUACUGCUUCCAUUACCGGUAGAARGACCAUUUGAUAGGCCAAGGCUUGUGGUAGACUGCUUAGGGCCUUUUCCAGUAUCUCAUACUAGGGUAAUCGAUAUAUAGUGGUUUUCUGCGAUUAUUUGACUCGUUGGCCUGAAGCUUUUGCAGUGCCAAGUAUAUAGCAGCUAGUGAAAAUGCACGAAUUUUAAUAGAUGAAAUAUAGCUAGACAUGGCGCACCCAAAGUUUUUAUCGGAUAGAGGGUCUAACUUAAGUUUGUAAAAUGUUUCAAAUUAACAAGGUAAAUACGUCAAGUUAUCACUCCCAAACUGAUGGUUUAGUUGAAAGAUUUAAUUCAACAAUUUGUUAGUCGUUAUCCAUGUAUGUGUCUGAAGUUCAUAAGGACUGGGAUGAAUAUAUACCUCCUCUUGUUUUAUUUAGUUAUAGAACAUGUAUUUGCGAGACUAUUGAUUACUGAUUACCUAUUGAUACUAAAAUAUUGACAUCUGUCCCUAUGGAUUUAUCUACGUCACUUUCCAAGCAUAGAAGAGAAUUGUAGAGACACUUGAAUUGGCACAGAGACUGGCAAGAGAAAAUAUCUAAAGUGCUCAGCAAAACACGACAGUAAUAGAUAAGACAUCAGCAGAUAACUACUGCUGGCCACAUUUGUAGUUCAUUUUUUAUACCGAAAGGCUACCAUGCAGGACUGAAAAAAAUGCAAAUCUCAUCUACGAAUAAACUGUUUGUGACC